CGCAGAGUAUCAGAUAUCUCACUAUUUUAUUAUUACGGUUACAGCAACGCCUGAAAGCCUAAUUGGCUCAUCAUUGAAUCGCAAUGGACCUUUUUAUUCGCUCGAGAUCGCUAUGGAUUCUCUUUCUGCUGUUUCUUUGUUUGUGGGAUUCAUCUUCCGGUCAGAUCGUGUAUUCCGUGUCGGAGGAGGUGGACAAGGGGACCGUUGUGGGAAAUAUAACGAAGGAUCUAAAUCUGAACAUUCGGGAACUGCAGUCUCGUAUGUUUCAGAUUGUAUCUGCAUCCAGCAAGAAAUAUUUCGAGGUAAAUUUAAAGACCGGCAUAUUGUUUGUAAAUGAGAGAAUCGACCGAGAGGAGCUAUGUAGUACUGUUGUGAAGUGCUCUUUAUAUUUUGAAGCUGUUGCUCAUAAUCCUCUCAAUCUGUAUCGUGUCGAAAUUAAUGUAUUAGAUAUCAAUGACAAUGCCCCUUCGUUUCCUAUUAAAUCAUAUAUUUUAAACAUUACUGAAAACGCUCUUCCGGGAGACAGAUUCUCUGUUCUUUUGGCCGUUGACCCCGAUGCAGCCAGCAACUCAAUAAAGAGCUACAAGCUGAGUCCGAAUGAGCACUUCUCCCUGGAUGUACAAAACGGUGGAGAGCAGAGCGUAUCUGCUGAGUUAGUGCUGCAGAAAGCUUUAGACCGAGAGAAACAGCCUGUGAUUCAGCUCCUACUGACUGCUGUUGACGGAGGAAAACAUCCCAGAUCCGGGACUUUACAGAUCAUUGUUAAUGUAAUGGACGUGAACGAUAACACCCCAGCAUUUAGCAAACAGUUGUAUAAAGUCCGAAUGUCUGAGAAUGUCCCUUACGGGACUUCAGUUAUACAGCUAAAUGCAUCGGAUAUAGAUGAAGGUUUUAAUGGCCAGAUUAUUUACUCUAUUGUGAAGCACGGUAAUGUUAAUAUGAUGGGCUUGUUUGCAAUUGAUCCCGACAGUGGUGAAAUUACAGUGAAGGGAAAUAUUGAUUAUGAAGAAAAUGCAGCGUUUGAAAUUAGAGUCCAGGCGCAGGACAAAGGCCUCCCACCUCGGAGUACCGAUUGUAAAGUUUUGAUUGAAGUCCUGGAUGUGAAUGACAAUGCCCCCGAAAUAUUGGUGACGUCACUGAUGAGCACAGUCAGAGAAGAUGUCAAAACCGGAACAGCUGUUGCGUUAAUUACGGUGUCAGAUAAAGAUGGAGGUAAAAACGGAAUAGUGAAGUGUCAGAUCCCCGGCGCUUUGCCUUUUAAGCUCCAGUCCUCCUAUAAGAACUACUACUCUUUGGUGGUGGACGGUCCGCUGGACAGAGAAAGUGUUUCUCAAUACAAUGUGACCAUCAUAGCUACAGAUGAAGGGACUCCGCCUCUCUCCAGCACCAGCGUUAUUACUGUACACGUUUCUGAUGUGAACGACAACGCGCCGCGCUUUCCGGAGCCUGAGAUUAACGUUUAUGUGAAAGAAAAUAGUCCAGUCGGAGGUGUGAUAUGUACAGUGUCUGCGAUUGAUUCUGAUGAAAACGAAAAUGCUCGUGUAUCUUACUCUCUACUGGGACGCCCUACGAACUCUGUAUCCAUUCCUACUGUAGUUAACACGAACUCCAUCACUGGAGAGAUAUCCAGCCUGCAGUCUUUUAACUACGAGGAAGUAAAAUCGCUCCAGUUUCAAGUUCAGGCCACAGACUCUGGUGUCCCUCCCCUCAGCAGCAACGUGACUGUGAACGUUUUUAUCUUGGAUGAGAAUGACAACAGUCCUAUGGUUCUCCCGCCCUAUUCUGAUCAGGGCUCCGUUAAUACUGAGAAUAUUCCCUAUUCUGCUGAAGCAGGCUACUUUGUGGCCAAGAUCAGGGCUGUUGAUGCAGACUCUGGCUACAAUGCGCUGCUUUCUUAUCACAUCGCUGAACCCAAAGGAACCAGUCUCUUCCGAAUCGGAACCAGCACCGGGGAAAUAAGAACCAAGAGGCGGAUGAGUGACAAUGACUUGAAGACUCAUCCGUUGGUCAUUUUGAUUUCUGAUCACGGAGAACCUUCCCUGUCAGCGACUGUAUCUAUUGAUGUUGUGGUUGUUGAAAGCGCAGGUGAAAUACAGACAUCGUUCAGACAGUUGCCGGCAAAGGAGGAGAGUUUCUCCGAAUUGAAUCUGUAUUUGCUGGUCGCCAUUGUGUCGGUGUCAGUUAUAUUUUUACUGAGUCUAUUUAGUUUAAUAGCUGUAAAAUGCCACAGAACUGACGGCGGUUUCAACAAAUACAGAACUCCCGUGAUCACCACACACCCUGACGGGAGCUGGUCUUACUCUAAAUCUACGCAGCAGUAUGACGUGUGUUUUAGCUCAGACACACUGAAGAGUGACGUUGUGGUUUUCCCCGCGCCGUUCCCGCCUGCAGAUGCGGAAUUGAUCAGCAUUAGUGGAGCAGACACUUUUAAACGGAAUCAAACGCUCCCUAACAGUGCGAAGGUAAGAGUGAAUAUUUAUUUCCAAAUAUUAUUUUAG